AUGGGAAGAUCACCGUGUUGCGAUGAGAGCGGGUUAAAGAAAGGGCCAUGGACUCCAGAAGAAGAUCAGAAACUGAUAAAUCACAUACGAAAGCACGGUCAUGGAAGCUGGAGAGCUCUUCCAAAGCAAGCCGGUUUAAACCGGUGUGGGAAGAGUUGCAGAUUGAGAUGGACUAAUUACUUGAGACCAGACAUCAAAAGAGGAAACUUCACUGCUGAGGAAGAGCAAACCAUCAUCAACCUUCAUUCUCUUCUUGGAAACAAGUGGUCGUCUAUAGCUGGUCAUCUUCCAGGAAGAACGGAUAAUGAAAUAAAGAACUACUGGAACACGCAUAUUAGAAAGAAACUUAUUCAGAUGGGCAUCGAUCCGGUGACCCACAGGCCGAGAAACGACCAUCUAAACGUUCUAGCCGCUCUACCUCAACUUCUAGCUGCCGCAAAUUUCAACAACCUCUUGACUCUAAACCAGAAUAUACAAGUGGAUGCAGCAAGUAUUGCUAAAGCGCAGUUGUUACAUAGUAUGAUUCAAGUCCUUAAUACCUCUUCUUCCUUUGAUAGUCAUCCCACCAGCAAUAAUCUCUAUGGCCAAUCUUCUUUCUUAGAAAACCAACCAAAUAUUAAUGAAGAUUUCUAUGAUCCAACCCAAAGCCUUUCUCACAUCAAUGAUCAUCAGCCUCUGGAUUCGUUUUCUAGUCCCAUUCGAGUAGCUUCUCAUCAGGAUGAUCAAAGUUCGAUUCCACCAUUGAUUUCGGUCUCUCCUGAUGAGUCUAAGCAAACCCAAAUGAUGAUCAAGAACAAGGAGAUUAUGAAGCAUAAUGAUCAUACUUCAAACCCUUCAUCGACCUCAACGUUCACACAAGAUCAUCAGCCAUGGUGUGACAUAAUUGAUGAUGAAACAAGUGAUUCUUAUUGGAAAGAAAUUAUAGAGCAAACUUGUUCGGAGCCUUGGCCAUUUCGUGAAUAG